GGCGAGCGGUCUGCACCAGGACGUCGUACAUCAAUGAACCGAACCGGAGGCUCGCUCGAUACGCUGGCGUACAACAAACUGAGCUAACUGGAUAAAUGUGUCAAAGCAAAAGAGAGGGCACACACGCUUUGUUCAACUUAACCAACCCGAUCAUUAUGCCGAUGUUUUAACCAGACGGGUUAUUUUCGAUACUUACUCAUCACCUCCGACCAUUGCAUUGGUUCUGCGAUUUUUUUUAAUUUUGUUUUUGUAAAGAGGGGAGAUCUUUACAGAACAUCGAAUAUCUCUAACCUGCAGGAUGAUUUUUGCUAACACAGGCAACCCACUGAAAGCUGCCACUCGCAAGCAGUCGUACCCCAUGACUCCGUCCAGUCCCAGCAGCAGCAGCAACAGCAGCAGCACGGGCCUGGAGCAGCUCAGUAAGACCAAUCUGUACAUCCGAGGCCUCCCUCCUGCCACCACUGACCUGGAUCUGGUCAAACUUUGUCACCAGUAUGGCAAGAUUCAGUCGGCAAAGGCAAUCCUGGACAAGACAACCAAUAAAUGCAAAGGUUAUGGCUUUGUGGACUUUGACAGCCCAGCGGCUGCUUUGAAAGCCGUGCACGCUCUGAAAACCAGCGGCAUUCAAGCCCAGAUGGCCAAGCAGCAACAGGAGCAAGAUCCCACAAAUCUAUAUAUUUCCAACCUGCCUCUGUCUGUGGAUGAGAAAGAGCUGGAGAACAUACUGCAGCCUUUCGGCCAAGUCGUUUCCACACGUAUCCUCCGUGACUACGGUGGCAACAGCCGGGGCGUGGGCUUUGCCAGGAUGGACACCACGGAGCAGUGCAACGCUGUGAUCUCACACUUCAACGGGAAAUUUAUCAAGAUCGCCUCCGGAGCGCUGGCUCCCUCUCAGCCCUUGUUGUGUAAGUUUGCAGAUAGUCAAAGGAAGAAACACGCUCACGGUGGAUUUGUUCCCAAUGGACAGACAGGCGAUCUCAGACUAGGCGCUAUGACUCUUUCUUAUGAUCCCUCCUCAGCAGCUAUGCAGAAUGGGUACUAUCCAUCUCCAUAUCCAGUGACCAACAGGAUAAUGACCGUGCAGCCAGCAAUGUCCCCCUACAUGUCUCCCGUCUCUGCUUACCAGGUCCAAAGUCACUCCUGGGUGGCACAUCAGCCGUACAUCAUGCAGCACCCGGCCCCGGUGAUGUCUCCCUCUGUGGAUCCAUCCAUGUCACUGCACCCCUCUACUAUGAUUACUCAGCAAAUGGGUCAGCUGUCCCUAGGAAACACUGGAGCAUAUAUCGCAGCCAACCCGGGGGUGCAAGGUGCUUACAUGCCGCAGUAUCCACCUCUGCCAGCAGCAGCGGAAAGCGGCACGCCACAACAAGUGGAUUCUUCCAACAACUCGUCUCCUUACAGUCAACUCAGCAAGUAACCACAGGCUCAGCGAUCACUCAGCGAGCAAGAGGGUUGGUGGGAGUUAUACCAGCCAGCCCUCUCUGAUUGGACCAGACACAGGACCUUUUUUGCACAGCCCUUAUGCUUGUGUUGGAAAACGAGGACAGUGAAAAUGCACUCAAGCAGUUGGCUAAUCACAAAAAAAAAAGAUUUAUUUUGAUAAGAAACAACAUGCUCUUCAAGAUUUUCUCUUUUUUCAAGAAGGAUUCUCAAAUUCCAGAGGACACCUCCCCACCCCUGCCCUGCCCUGCCCUGCCCUGCCCUGCCCUGCCCCCUGCUCCAUUAUCCACAGUAUGAUGUGAUUUUACAUGCAUGAGAUUGCAAUGUUGCCCUCCCCUUCUAGGUUUUUAUGAUGUUAUAGUUACUUCCCCCCUGCAAAACCUUGUUUGCACUGACUUUUAAAGUAAAAAAAAAAAACAAAUAACCACAAUGAUGGGUUUCACAAUUGUCAUAGAAUCACGUGCUUCAAAGAGGUGACCAUGUCAUAAAUUUAUUCUCGGAAAAGGUGCCUUCCUUACCACCAUCUUCCAACAUUACUCAUUGAACUUGAUCAGGUAUCAUAUUUCCAUUUGAUUGAUCCCACACGGCAAGUUUGUCGCUAUCCAGUCUUCUGGUAGCAAUAAUGAGAGUUCCACUGCAAUACCGAGGGGAGGAAAGAAAAAAAAAAAGAAUAGUGACUAACUCAAACAGCAUAAUUCUUAUAUUUCUCCUCUUUGCUUUUUUAUUAGCUAUCGAAAUGACAUCAAGCAAGAGAUGUGUUUUUUUGAAAAUGACAGAAUUGGCAUCUUUUGUGAUGUGAUUUAUUUUGUUUGUUUAUUUUUUUUUGUGUGUGUUUAAUUUCCUCUCAUGGUCAGUUUGACCGGUGAUAUCUACCUCAUGGUUCUGAGUCUGCCGGUGUGGUUGGGUUUGCAGGUAAAGCCCUUUUUUUGCACCAGAGUGGAUGAAGCAGAACAAAAGCCACGCUCAGGAGCUGGCCAACUUGGACUUCAAGCGUUACGUCUCCUCCCACUUUCAGCAGUUUCUCUUCCAUGCUUUUGAAACUUUUUCACUUUGCCUCAUCGUUACGUAUUUGUCAUUGCGUAUUGUCUGCAUGUUUUUUUUUUCUUUCUCAAGAAUGUGAGGUUAGUUUAGUGCUCCAUUUAGAGUAUCGGUGUCAAACUCAUCUGGCGGCCACUUGGAUUUGACAAAUUGUCUUCAUGUUUCUUACUGAAUUGAUUUGUUCCUUUCAUUUUUUUUGUGCGGAAACUCCCUCGAGUGCUUUUUUUUUUUCCCUUCUCUUGUUACUGAUAUUCCAAGCAUUAAAAAAACAAAUCCCUUCUUACUACAGGGUUUCCCAAAAAUCAAUAUGCACUGAAAGACAUUUAAAAGGUUAGACAAGGUCAAAUUAAGUUAACCUGUGAAGGUUCUAAACCAUUUUAAGUUCAUUCGAAAAUAAUAGCUACUUUAUUCUGUACUGUAUUUGAUUUUCACGACUUUCAUGACUUGAUUUUAAAUUCAUUUUGUUAUAACUAUUUAUAGCAAUGUCAGGUGGAGGAGAUUUUAUUAUAAUAUGAUGUGAAUAUACUUCACAGUCAUAACAUCCCUCAAAAGGAAAGCAUAACUAUGAUGUGGCCCAUGAUGAAAAUGAGUUUGACACCACAGAUUGAGUCAAUUAGUUCCGUUUCGCUCCGCAAGUACUUUUCGGCAAUUGAAUGCAGGCUUCACGCAUUUCUUUGCUGAAAGUAUCCGCCUUCGUCGAUGCAACGCCCCUCAGCCCCUGAAAGUUGGUCUGUUUUUAAAGUCAUUAUAGGUCAAACCAAGUGCUGUAAGGCUCUCCAAAAGUUUUACAAUCUCAGAAUUGUUGUUUAUGG